UUUCUUUUACCUCACGUUCUAGGCAGCAAUCCGAUCAACACCAUCGCUUCCAUUUUUUUUUCAUUACAAGCACCCGCCGCUGCACCACAUUUUCACCCUGGACCUCCCUCUUCUUCUGCAGUGUACACAGUACACAAUGCUAAAAAAUUACGUAGGGGUCCUUUCCGCGUAAACUCAAUCUUCAAGUUGCAUCCAGUCCCUGUCACCACCAACAUGAACAUUUGCAUCCUUGCCAUCAUGAAUAUUUGCAUGGCCAUCUCCCAAGGCGAAUCGAAUAACAACAUGGACGGCGAACCACGAGUCCAAGACAAAGACGGCAACACGAUUUUUUUUACAAACAACAGCCUUAGAGCUACAGUGGUGAUGAACUUCGCCAAUAUACACUGUACUCCUACUCCCAUAUGUUUCCGAGCGCUUCUCUUUCAGAGACGACCCAUGUGGGACGUUGACAGGCCGCGGCUGCUCGGAGGAAAAAAAUGCUUUAGAUGGGGAAACGUGGUAUUGUUUAAUCUUACCCCUGGAUACCUACCUACCUCUAUGUCUUGUUCUCGACCAGUGCUUGAUAUGUGGUUGAGUCCGGCGGAUGUUUCAGUCAUGUGCACCAAAAACGAUCCAGACUCUCGUCUGUCCUCAGGCUAAUGCCGCUUUUCCGUGUUCUUGGGUGUGAUUAACAUGAGAAGCGGAAGACGGAAACCAAUCUCCUUUCCAAGGGUCGCGAACUCCGCGAGUGUUCCCCGAGUCAUACCUCACCGAGUGAUGCUAAACACACCUUCCU